CACGCAACACGACACUUUGGACGGCGUUUCGCGACUGCUUACGACGGACAUCUGAGCUCAACAGAGAGCUUUCGACAUCCGUCAUGUCUGCCCGAUUGUCGCCCGGAGGGGCGCUUUUGAGAACAUCGCGGAUGUUCUCAGUCCCCAAGCCACUCCCGAAACCUGGCGGCGAAGCCGCUGCCAUCGCACGAUUCGCAUCACCGACGGCGACGGCGCCUUUCCCUACGCACCAAUCCAUCACCACAACCGAAUCAUCGAGACUCCUCGGCGACUGGGGCUUUAAGCGUUCUCUUCCUCUUCGAUCUACGACACAGUCCUCGACCCCGGUCGUCCGCAUCAAGCAGAUCGACUGCUUCGAGAAUGUCACCGAUUAUUCCUCCGCCGCCGACCACACCCUCUCUCUCCAGAAGUUCCAGGAGCUCAACCUACCCAUCUCACUACCCGGAGCCAACCGCUCGCGUUUGGGCGGCCCCAACGUCGGCGCCAAGUCUGUCUUUGAGGAUGACGGUGACUUCACCGCAAUGGAGCCCGGUCGCGAAAAUGAGGAGAAGAGGUGGAAGUUCAAGGGCCCCUGGCUGGCCGGCCUGACCGAGGGCGAGUUCAACCGAUUCCUGCGCAAAAUUGUCCGCAAAAGGCGCGAGCCUUUCCGCGCCUUCUUGAAGAAGCGUAUCGCUACCGAAUUGACGGCUGCGCGCCACCAAAAAUCACUGGACGCCGGCGAGGGCAUACCCCAGCAGGUUUUGCCCCAGGAUGUUACCGAUGAGCAACUGACCGAGUACCUUCGCAAGCUGCGAUCCGACCGUAUCACGCUGUAUUCGCUGGUCAGCGAGUUCCUGGACCUUGCGCCCCUGAACCCGCCUACCUCCAUGGCCGACUUCGGCAGGUCGGCCGAGAAGACGAAGCGUCCCAGUCUGUAUGCCGAGAACGGCCCGCCCAUCUCCCACCCUUCGGCCGGUAUCUCAUACCUUCGCACCGCGGCUUUCGUCGAGAACCAUCCCGUCUAUGGCCCCCAGGCACACCAGACGCCUGUCUUGGCCCGUAUCAUUGCCCCGAGGGCGGGACCUAGCAACGCGAAGCUGGGAGUUGGAGGCUUCAUCGCCGACACGCCUCAGGGCGACAGUGUCUUCAACCAGAGGUCCUACUCGGGCCGCAAGUCUGGCAUUGCCGGUGUUGCCUCCUUCGACCCCGAUAUCAAGGGUGGUGCCAAGGCUUACGUGCAGCCCACGUCUGCCCGGGUAGACUCUUCUGGCAUGGUGCAGAUCACUGUCGGCGAGGCCAACCAGGAGGCGCAGCUGAUUAGCAAGGAGAUGGUUGGCAAGGCCACAAUUUACAACGACAGGUCUAAAACCGACCUCCCAACGGGGCAGGACCGCAAGCCGCACCUGAGGACUGUGCGGGGGACCGCCACUCAACAGCCGACGGAGACCGUUGGCAGCUCUACGACGUACGGACUCGACUCCUGAGCGUCGCAAAGGGAAACGAGGUGGAAUUAUCAUCGGUCAGCAGACCCGAGCGGAAGUGAACCUUAGGCAGGAGACGAAAGACCGGCCUGGGGGCAUACAUCUUCGUAUGAGAUUGGCAAGCGUGCCGAGUGUAUUAUGUAUGGUUUUGUAAAAUAAGAAGAAUACAGCCCAAUUUCAAUAUGCAGCCAGAAUCAUGGAUGAAUGUGGAUGCGCGUUCAAGGCCACCAAUCGAUAUCAAAUCGUUACAAGGUGCUGAGAUAGCGGCUGGACAUGCACACCUUCAUU